GUGCAUUCUUAUAAUGGACAUUAUGCACAUUGGACUCUAUUUGUUAAGUUGUUAUGAUUUCCUUAAGGACUUCCCACGAAAGUUAAGUGUAAAGACAAUACAGUGCUAUUUGCAAAGGUUGUAUAUAAUUUUGAGUUACAGCAUGUAUUUUAAGUUACUAAGCUGGAUACAUAAUAAAAUUUAUAUUAUGUCACAAAAAGAUGAAAUUUUUGUACAGGUUCUUUUAUAAAUCGGCAGUUACAGGUGAGUUUAUCUGUCUUAUGAGUUAAUUCUUUUUUUUGUUGAACACUGUCAUAUUUGUAUAUUUACUGCGAUGCCAGGUAAUCUGCAAUAUAUGUGAGGAGCUCGCGUCUCGCCGGCUGUCGGAGUGUUAUGAAGUCCAGCAGGCGCUGCCCUCGACCCGUGGAAGGCCCAUCGCCGGCUCGCAGUCAUCGAACGCAGACGUACGCUUCGCUGACCCAGAAACCCACCGUUUUAGAAUGACCUUCGCGCGAUGGCUGUGUUGGGUGCUCAUCGUACCCACAUGCCUCGCGAACCUGCACGACGGCGGCGCGGACAAAAACGCUAUAACAGAUUUGAACGACAACGCUACCGAGCGCCUUGAAGCCAUCAACGGCACCUCUAUAUUCAGACUGAUCAAGCCGGAUAAGGGCACGCAAUGGUUCCCGGAGCGGGAGCUCAAGCUGGACAGCUGUGUGUGGAGGGCCCCUUGCGAGCCCCUCAAUAGAAGCACCUGUCUAGGAGCCAAGCUGCCGUACGAUAGAACCAGUGUCCAUCUCACUUUCUACGAUAACCAAAUGAAAAUCCAAACCCAGCUAGAAUUCUACAGGGAACUGAUAAAUGUGCCAAAAUGCUGGGCCGUUAUACAGCCCUUGCUUUGUGCUAUAUUUAUGCCGAAGUGCGAGAGGAUUCUCGGACAAGACAUGGUGUAUCUGCCUUCGUACGAGAUGUGCAAGAUUACGUUGGAACCAUGCGCAAUAUUGUACAAUACUACUUACUUCCCCAACUUUCUCAAAUGCAACUCGACUAUGUUCCUGCCGAGGUGCGAGAAUGCUGCCAGAGAGAUGAAGUUCAACACCUCGGGGAAAUGUUUGGCGCCUCUUAUUCAUACAGACAAGCCUUUGCACUUUUAUGAAGGUAUAUCGGGGUGUGGCCUGCCGUGCCGCGACCCGCUGUACACAGAGGACGAGCACCAGCAGAUCCACCGGCUGGUGGCGUGGGGCGCCGGCGUGUGCCUCGCUCUCAACCUGCUGACUGUCGCCACGUUCCUCAUAGACUGGCGGAGCGCCAACAAGUACCCCGCGCUCGUCAUAUUCUACAUCAACGUGUGUUUCGCUGUUGCUUCUAUGGGGUGGUUGGUGCAGUUUGGCGUGGGAUCAAGAGACGACAUAGUGUGUUCAAAGGACGGGACCAGGCGGCAGGGCGAGCCCUCGGCUGAAGAGAACUUGUCUUGUGUAGUAGUGUUUGUACUGGUGUACUAUUUUAUGAUGGCAGCUUGUGUAUGGUUCGUUAUAUUCACCUACGCGUGGCAUAUGAGCUUCAGGGCAUUAGGUAAAAUCCAAGACCGCAUAGACAAGAAGGCAGCGUACUUCCACCUAGCGGCGUGGUCGCUCCCGCUGGUGCUGACGAUUGCGACGAUGGCUUUCGGCGAAGUAGACGGCAGCAGCGUCACAGGCAUCUGCUUCGUGGGCUACGUCAACCAUCCCAUCAGGGCGGCGCUGCUGCUCGCGCCACUCUCGCUCGUGCUGUUGCUCGGCGGGUACUUCCUAUUGCGAGGUGUAUUCUCCCUAAUCGCGGUGCGAGUGUCUAGCAAGGACGUGAUAUCGCCGCGGGCGGCCAACAAGAUACGGCAGACCAUCACGCGGUGCUCGCUCACCGCCGCGCUGGUGGCCGUCUUCAUAUGCGUCACCUUCGCCUGCCACGUCUACGAGUUCCGGAACGCCGACGCCUGGAAGGAGGCCUUCAAGAACAAUAUUAUUUGCCGGCUAGAAGCGCUGAAAGACUCGGGCAAGGAGUGCGCAGUGGGCGCGCGGCCGUCCGUGUCAGUGCUGCAGCUGCGGCUGCUGUGCUGCUUCGCGGCCGGCGCGCUCAUGGCCUCGUGGACCUGGACGCCCGCCGCCGCCGCCGCCUGGAGGCGCUACCUCGCCAGGAAGUGCGGCUGCUCGGUGGAGGCGGAGGUGCCGCGGCGCGCGCGCAAGCACGAGCUGAUCGCGCGCGCCUACCGCCGGCGCGGGGAGUUCGCGCGCCACGGCCGCCUGUCCAUCUCGCUGGGGGGGUCGCGGCAGGACCCCGUGGGGCUGUGCAUCGACCACACCUCGCCCAUCGACUAUCCCGACGACGCCAAGCCGGAGAGCGGUGAACUGUCCUCGUCGUGGGCAGCGACGUUGCCUCGCUUCGUGCGGCGGCGGGACGCGCUGGUGCUCCCUGCGCACACGCACCACUCGCUGAGCUCGACGCCCGACCGCCGCAACUCGCAGGACUCGCAGAUCAGCAUCAGUCUGCGGCACGUGUCCGUCGAGUCCCGCCGCAACUCGCUCGACAGCCAGCUCUCCGUCAAGAUCGCAGAGAUGAAAACGAAGGUCGGCCGCCGCCGCCCCAAGCACGGCAAGAGCAAGCGCAAGGCGCGAGCCGCCUCCACGCGCAAAGAGAGCACCCCCUCCAUAGAGAGCCAAAUAAGCCGCUACUGGCUGCAAGCCGUGGCCGCGAACAACGACCCAUCUCGAGAAGAAGUCAAGUUUAGCUUCGAUUGAUCCGAACCAUAUCGAUUUUUAUACCGCGAGAGAUUAACUUGCAUAUCGAAUGUUACGUGGUACUCCACCGCAAUGUAGACCCAGAUCGAUUAAUUUUUAUAUCAUUAGAAUGUAAGAAUGAAAGUUCAAACUAGAAUCGCACGAAGCCCAAAGGUGAUCUCUGACUGUGAAAUGUAACGUUAAGCUUGUUCGAGUGUUGCUGUUAGAUAAGUUUAAUCAGCGCAGCUUGUGAUUUAUCAUUGAUAUUACGAAAAUGAAGACUGAUCGGAAUCUCUUUUAGUACCUAGUGUUUAUGAAACCUUCCAGUGAAAGUCAAUAGUCUGGGAUUAUUUACAUAUUCCCGCCUGAUUGAAGUAUCCAUGACAUCCAAUGCAUUUGUGAUAUUAUAACCUCAACAUAAUUGACUUGUGCCAUAGUUAUUGAGUUAUGAGAGAAAUAAAGAAUCAGAUUAUGACUGAUAUUUUUAGUAUUUAAGCUAAGCAGUAGUUUUAUAUUGCAAUAAGACAAUCAUGAUUGUAGUUUGUAUGUAAUUAAGUGUCAACAUUAUGAAAUCCAAUGUUUUUAACCUCUGGAACUUUUAUAUUAUAUCUGAAUGUACAAAUUGUACAAGGUUGUGAAGGCAUUUUAAUCUUGUUGUGUAAUGUUGUGAGGCUAUAUUAUCGUGACGAGAUAUUUUUAAUAUUAAAAUGUUUGCCACCACUGUUGUGCUACAUUUGGCGAUUACGCUGUUGUUGAAAUUAUGAAAAUACUUAAAUUGCAGUUACGAGUGUAUCCGUUGCUCUAUAUAAUGUAUUUUACAUUUUGAAAGUCUGCUAGCUUUAAAUUUUGAUGUUGUCAUAAAUACUUGGGUAUUUCUUUACCUGUAAAAUGAAUCCGUAUUUUAACUAUUUUAUAGUGUGAUAAAAUAAAUAAUUUUAAAAUUGAAA